AGUCUCUUCCUGUGGACAUCAGCGGGACUCGUCUCAGCUGUCAACCCGGAGGACAGACACUGUGACCGGCCACAGCUGCAGCAGAGGCCCGGUGACCUGAAGCCAGCGCUGUCAGACAGGAUGAGCUCUCGAGGAGGAGGCACCGCUCUGACUCGCCGUAACUACAGACUGUCAUCAGACAGUGACAAGGCCAGAGCUACAGGUAUCGUGAAUGAGAAGCUGCUCAGUGAUUAUCUCCAUCACGUGUUUCCUUCAACCAAACAUGGACCAGCAGUCGCCUCCCUCAGGAAGCCUCUUGGUUUCCAGGAUCUUGGUGGCCACCUUGAGAACCUUCUGUCAGAAGAUGAACCUUCAGAGGAGAUCAGAGAUCAGCCUGUGGAGGGCCGACUGGGACCUCAGCCGGUGGUCCUCGAUCACACCAGUGGAUUUGAAGGUCUCCUGUUUGUCGAUGACGACCUGCUCGGGGUCAUAGGUCACAGCAACUUCAGCUCCAUCAGAGCCACCACUUGUGUUUAUAAAGGGAAGUGGGCGUACGAGGUUCUGAUCUCCUCACAGGGUCUGAUGCAGAUCGGCUGGUGUACCCUGAACUGUCGCUUUAACCAGGAGGAGGGUGUAGGUGACACACCUGACUCUUAUGCGUACGAUGGAAACCGAGUGAGGAAGUGGAACGUGACGACCACAAACUACGGGAAGUCGUGGGCGGCCGGAGACAUCGUCAGCUGUCUGAUCGACCUGGACGAAGGAACCAUCACAUUCUGCUUGAAUGGACAGUCUCUGGGCACAGCCUUCACCAACAUAAAGACGGGUCCGGGCGUGGCCUACUUCCCCUCCAUCAGUUUGUCCUUUAAAGAGUCAGUGGCUUUUAACUUCGGCAGUCGGCCGCUGAGGUAUCCUGUGGACGGUUACCUGCCGCUGCAGAACCCUCCGACCUCUGACCUGCUGAAAGCUCAGAAGCUGCUUGGAUACGUCAAGAACGUCCUCUGCAGCACCAUCGACACUCAGGAGGACAGGCUUCUGGAGACGGAUUGUGCGAUGUGGAGUCUUAAUGGAGAACCGACAGUCCUCGUCACUCUGGCUCACAUCUUCAACCACUUUGCUCCUCUCAUGUGUAAGGUGUACCUGGUGGAGGACGUGCUGAUGAACUUCCUGUUGGGGAUUCUGGAGGGAGGAGGUUCAGUUGAUGAACAUCCACUGAUACAACAACUACUGGACCUGUUCUGGCUGCUGAUGGAGGACUAUGAAGUGAACGAGUGUCUGAAGCAGUUGAUGAUGUCACUUCUCAGAGCCUAUCGGUUCUCUCCCAUCAUCCCGGACCUCGGCUUCCAGAUCCACUACCUGCGUCUGACCACGGCCGUCCUGCACCACGAGAAGUCCAGGAAGUACCUGCUCAACAACGUCUUGUUCGACGUCCUGCGAUCCGUCGUCUUCUUCUACAUCAAGACGCCGCUGAGGGUGAAGGAGGCGGGGCUUGAAGAGCUCAUCCCCACCACCUGGUGGCCAACUCAUUUCGACAAGGAGGGUAAAGACGAGCGGGAGUGUAAGGAUGAGAGUCCAGACGAGCGUCUGCGGCGUCGGGCGUACGAGCGAGGCUGUCAGAGGCUGAAGAAGAGGAUAGAAGUGGUGGAAGAGUUGCAGGUUCAAAUCCUGAGGCUGCUGCUAAAUAACAAAGACAAAACGACGGGAGAAGCGUCUCGUUAUAUUUUCCUCAACAAGUUCCGGAAGUUCCUGCAGGAGAAUGCCAGUAACCGAGGGCACCCCACAGCUCUGUGUCCUCCUGAGUACAUGGUGUGUUUCCUGCACCGCCUCAUCACGGCGGUGAGAAGCUGCUGGGACGACGGGAACAGGAAGUCUCUGGGCAGCGUGAGGAGUGAAGAGGCGUACGUCCCCCCUCAGCUCUUCUACAAUGGGAAGGUGGAUUACUUUGACCUUCAAAGACUGGGGGGGCUCCUCUCCCACCUCAAGAAAACACUCAAAGAUGAUUUGGCGAGUAAAGCCAACAUCGUCAUCGACCCUGCAGAGAUCCAGGCCGCGUCCAUGGACGACCUGGACGAGGACGAGGAGAGCGGAGCAGCACAGAGGCCGUUCGGGGCAGCGAUGGGCGGAGCUCUGGCGAGGCCCAGCUGGUUGAGUUCUCCCACUUUGGGACGGGCCAACCGGUUCCUGAGCACGGCCGCCGUCAGCCUGAUGACCCCCAGACGACCCCUGACUCAGCCCGAGAAGGUGAAGGUCCGCACGCUGGCUGUGGAGCAGAGGACGGAGGAGGACAUCGAGGGUAGCCAUGGUAACGACGGCCUGUUGCUGGGGCGACCGGUGGAGGAGCCCGAGCAGCCAUUGGCUGACAAGUCGCUGCUGGAGAUCGUGGACGGGAUCGUGAUGAUGUACAACCUGAGCGUCCACCAGCAGCUGGGGAAGAUGGUGGUGGUUUCAGACGACGUCCAUGAAUACGCUGUGGCACUGAAGGACACGGAGGAGAAGAUCGCCCGCUGCCCCGCACGAAGGUCAGACAUCCUGGACGAGCUGCAGAAGAGUCAGAAGGUUUUCUCAGAGAAGCUGAAUCACCUCAGCAGGAGACUGGCCUGGAUCAACGCCACCAUCUACUCCAAGGAGAAGAUGCUGGAUGUGUACUGGCUGCUGUGCGUUUGCAUUCGCACCAUCGAACACGCAGACAACACGGGCUCCUUGUUCGCCUUCACUCCUGAGUUCUACCUCAACGUGGCCAUGAACGCCUACAGCGCCCUGAAGAACUACUUCAGCCCGGCCAACAGCAUGGAGGAGCUCCCAGGUUACGAAGAGACACUGACUCAGCUGGCUGCCAUCCUCGCCAAACACUUUGCUGAUCCACGCAUCGUCGGAACAGACAUUAAAGAUUCUCUGAUGCAGGCCCUCGCCAGCUACGUCUGCUACCCACAAUCCCUCAGGGCAGUGGAGAGGAUCCCAGAGGAGCAACGAGUCGCCAUGAUGAGGAACCUGCUGGCUCCGUAUGAACAGAGACCGUGGGCCCAGACCAACUGGAUCCUGGUCCGAUUGUGGAGGGGUUGUGGUUUUGGAUACAGAUACACUCGUCUUCCUCACCUCCUGAAAACCAAACCUGAGGACGCCAACCUUCCCAGUCUGCAGAAGCCGUGUCCGUCGCUGCUGCUGCAGAGACACAUGGCGGAGCUGCUGAGUGUUGACAAAGACAUGGCGGCCUCGUUCCUCAACAGCGUCCUGAACCAGCUCAACUGGGCGUUCUCGGAGUUCAUCGGGAUGAUCCAGGAGAUCCAGCAGGCCGCGGAGCGUCCAGAGAGAAACUUCGUUGACACUCGGCAGCUGAAGGUGUGUGCGACCUGCUUCGACCUGUCCGUCAGUCUGCUGCGAGUCCUGGAGAUGACCGUCACUCUGGUUCCUGAGAUCUUCCUCGACUGGUCCCGCCCCUCGGCCGAGCUGCUGCUCAGACGACUGGCUCAGCUGUUGAACCAGGUUUUGAACCGAGUGACAGCAGAGAAGAACCUAUUUGAUCGUGUUGUCAACCUAAGACUUCCAGGACUGGAGAGUGUCGAUCAUUAUCCGAUCCUCGUGGCUGUCACAGGGAUCCUGGUUCGGAUCCUGGUGGAAGGAGACAGACAGGGGAUAUCCUGCGCUGCCUCCGUCCUGCUGUCGGACCCCUGCUUCCAGCUCCACUCCAUCCAGCACCUGUUGGGAGAGGGGGCGGAGCCCUCCAGAUCCUUACCUGCAGCCGCCCCCCCCGCUCGUCCAGUAGUCGGAUCUCUGGGGUCCGGUGUGGCCCCCCCCAUCCCCUCAGCCGCAGGAAACCCAGGAUCGACCGAGAGAAAACACUUCUCUCUGCACGCAUACACCGACUACAUCAGCGAGGAGGAGAAACACAAGGUGGAGCUGAUGUUGGCGUUUCUCACGGAGGAGUCCAAACAGGCGGCGGCGAGCACAGCUCCGACGAGUGAAGAAGAUCUUUGUCCGAUCUGCUACGCUCACUCCAUCUCUGCUGUGUUCAAACCCUGUUCACACAAGUCCUGCAAAGCCUGUAUCAACCAACACCUGAUGAACAACAAGGACUGCUUCUUCUGCAAAGCCACAAUCACUGGAGUGGACGACUACAACAAGCCAGCCUCCUAACACACACAGACACACACAGAGACAGAGUCACAGAGACACACACAGAGACAGAGUCACAGAGACAGAGUCACAGAGACACACACAGAGACAGAGUCACAGAGACACACACAGAGACAGAGACGCACAGAGAUACACACAGAGACAGAGUUACACACAGACACACACAGAGACACACACAGAGACAGAGUCACAGAGACACACAUAGAGACAGAGACACAGAGACACACACAGAGACAGAGUCACACACAGACACACACAGAAACAGAGUCACAGAGACACACACAGAGACAGAGACGCACAGAGAUACACACAGAGACAGAGUCACACACAGACACACACAGAGACAGAGUCACAGAGACACACACAGAGACAGAGACGCACAGAGAUACACACAGAGACAGAGUUACACACAGAGACAGAGUUACACACAGAGACAGAAUUACACACAGAGACACACACAGAGACAGACAAACACACACACAGAGACACACACACAGUGACAGACACAGAUACACAGACAUACAGUAUAUACACACAGACACACAAACACACAAACACAUAUACACAGAGACAUACACACACACAGACACACACACAUAUACACAGAGACAGAGACACACACACACACACACAGACAGACAGAGACACACACAGAGAUACACAGACAUAACGUAUAUAAACACAGACACACACAUGUAUACACACAGGAAGUCGUACCUUGUGUUGUGUGUUUUUGAUGAUGAAUAUUUCACACACACAAACAUGUUCAUGAUCCAAACAUCUGGAGAUUCUGACUGUGACUUUUAAAACCUUGACUUUAACAGUGACUCUGAAGCCACAGGACAACUCUCACUGUUAAACAGACGGGGGGGGGGGGGGGGACUUCACUUAAAUAACCUCAAGCUUCGUUCACGUUGUCGCACAAACACACAGUUUCAUCAGAUCCCGGAUCAGUCGAGUUCCUAGAAGCUGACGUGAUCGAGCUCCAAAUCAAUUCACGGGUUUGUUUAUCAUAAAGUUUCUUUCUUACUGAGCUGAUUGAGAUCUGUUUAUGAUUAAUACUGCAGCCACACACCAGGGGGCGCCCCAGGUCAGGUCGUCCAUCUUUAUUUACAGUCUGUGAUUUUAACACACAAACAUGUAACGUCCCUGAACAGUGAGUUUCUAAUGUCGGACGAUGAAUUCUUAAACUUGUGUUUUUGUUUGUGUCGAUUUUCACUUUUAAAAGUUUGUUGUGUUUGAUUUUGUUUGUUUGACGAAUUUAACUUAAUUAAAUUCUCAUUGAAUGAAGGAAACUGAAAAGGGAAAAGAUUGAUAUCAUUUGUGGAUGUCAAGAGUUUCAAAUAGGUUUUAAAUCAUUAAAUGAGAAAAAGAAAAGUUUAAUAAACAAAUUAUUACAAUUUUAAAUGUUUAUUAUCCAAUUUCAAUUUCAGUUUCCUUUUUCUUCUAACAUUUAGUUAUAAGCUCAUUAUCCUGAGUUUACAUUACUUUUUAUUUCUGGGUUAAAUUGAGCGAAUGUAUUUAAAUGUUGAAUUCUUCUUUUUUUAACGAGGUCAUAAACGCGCUAGCUGCAGUGAGUCAUGUGAUCGUUGACUCUGGGUUGAUCUGGUUUGACUUAUCGGUGACGGACGUGUCAUCGAGCGUGUGAUGUUUCUCUGACUGUGAAGUGACGGUGGUACUCUACAGUAUUUAAGCAUGUUUGUGGGUGAACGUCGGGCUAGCGUUAGCGAUAGCACUGACAAAUAUUUUUGUUUCUGUUUCGCCGUGUUUCGGGGAACGAGGGAUGAACAGAGGAUUUCAGAGGAGGAGGAAACUCUUGCUUUUCAUUUCCUCUUGUUGAGUUCACAUAUAUCGACGAUGUAACUGUAUUAAAUUAUUUAUCCUGAA